AUGGGCGUUUAUAUAAAUUACAAUCAAAUAAUGCCGACUAUAAGAGACUUUAUGGGGAAAGUAGUGCUGAUCACCGGUUCGAGUGCUGGAAUCGGAGCCACGACUGCCAUUGAGUUCUCGCGAUCGGGCGCUCAGGUAGUGAUCACCGGACGAAAGGCAGCGAAUGUGACACAAGUGGCCAAUGAGUGCCAUAAAGUGUCACCAAAAGGCCUGAAAGCACUGGAAGUGGUGGCGGAUGUGACCAAAGAGGAUGACUGCCGACGUCUGGUCGACACCACAAUCAAGUCGUUCGGAAAAAUGGAUAUUUUGGUGAAUAAUGCGGGAAAAGGAGCCCAUAAUUCGCUAUACGAUAGUCAUCUGAUGGACUCUUACGAUGAAGUGAUGGCCACUAACUUGAGAUCAGUUGUCUAUUUGACACAUCUCUGUGCACCACAUCUGGAGAAAACUCGGGGGAAUAUUGUUAACAUCUCAAGUGUUGUGGGUCUUAAACCGUUCCUAAACAGAUUUCUCUAUUGUAUGUCGAAAGUAGCGUUGGAUAUGUUUGGCAAAUGUCUGGCCCUUGAAUUGGGCCCCAAAGGCAUACGAGUCAAUACAAUCAAUCCGGGACCCGUGCGGACCAACUUUGGCAUAGCUUUGGGUCGAUCUCGUGAACAAUACGAUCAGUUCUUGGAUGAGAGGGCGAAGUCAUUGCCGUUGAGACGAGUGGGCGAUCCCAUAGACAUCGCCAACGCUGUGCUAUUCCUGGCGUCAGACGAGUCGUCGUUUGUCACCGGAGCUAAUCUACUGUCCGACGGCGGAGACUUUACGGGGAAAGUAGUGCUGAUCACCGGUUCGAGUGCUGGAAUCGGAGCCACGACUGCCAUUGAGUUCUCGCGAUCGGGCGCUCAGGUAGUGAUCACCGGACGAAAUGUAGUCAAUAUGACACAAGUGGCCAAUGAGUGCCAUAAAGUGUCGCCAAAUGGUCUGAAAUCACUGGAAGUGGUGGCGGAUGUGACCAAAGAUGACGACUGCCGACGUCUGGUCGACACCACAAUCAAGACUUUCGAAAAAUUGGAUAUUUUGGUGAAUAAUGGGGGAAAAGUAGUUCAUAAUUCUAUAUACGAUAGUCAUUUGAUGGACUCUUACGAUGAAGUGAUGGCCACUAACUUGAGAUCAGUUGUCUAUUUGACACAUCUCUGUGCACCACAUCUGGAGAAAACUCGGGGUAAUAUUGUUAACAUAUCGAGUGUUGUGGGUCUAAAACCGUUCCCAAACAGCUUUCUCUUUUGUAUGUCAAAAGCAGCGUUGGAUAUGUUUGGCAAAUGUCUGGCCCUUGAAUUGGGCCCCAAAGGCAUACGUGUCAAUACAAUCAAUCCGGGACCCGUGCGGAUCAACUUUGGCAAAACUUUGGCUUUGGGUCAAACUCGUGAACAAUACGAUGAGUUCAUGGAUGAAAGGGCGAAGUCAGUGCCGUUGGGACGAGUGGGCGAUCCCAUAGACAUCGCCAACGCUGUGCUAUUCCUGGCGUCAGACGAGUCGUCGUUUGUCACCGGAUCUAACAUUCUGUCAGACGGCGGGUCUCUUAACGCCUGA